CCAAAACCGCGAACCGCUUGCGGCAGGACCGUCUGCGAAAGAAAGUAAUUAUAGACGCCCUUAUCAAUGCAAUGCCAUUUUUCAUCGCGCCUUCCUCGUGGUUUGCAGCCAGUCGCCGGCCAGUACAAAAGUCAGUGCAGCCAGAGGAACGCACUCGAUGACGCAGACGCCGAUGAUGAUGGUGAUGGCGGGCAGCGAUGGUAAUGCUGCAGACGACGGUUCCUGCGUACGAAACCCUUGGCGCUGAUUGUGCUGAUGAAGUCGAAUCUUCACCCCUAAGACGUCGAUAAUAGUGGUGCGCCGUAGUUAGCACAGAUCCCCCUCUUUUUGUAUGGUUUGUGAUAAGUGAGCACAACAAGUGUACGGAAAGAAGUGUGUGCCAACAAUGCGAACGAAGCAAGUGCGUUGCCCGCCAGUGCAGUGAUUAGCGUGCGAUAUUUGUUGCGAAUAAUCGUAGUGUGAUCGUACAACGGAGGCAAAACGGAAGCCUCGAUCGUGUGUGUUGGGGUAUAAGAAAGGAAGAAGUGUUAGAGAGCAAAGUGAGUGUGUGAGCGAGGAAGAAUAGGAAAAAAAGUGAAAAAGUCAGCUUCAAAAUGCGUUCCACACGACAGAGUUUCGUGGCACGGUGUGCGCUAGUGACGUUGCUGAUGCUGAGCGUUGGUGCCGUGACCGGGAUCCGGCAGCACGAUCGCGACGAUAUGACGGUGGAGGAGAUGUUGCGGCGCGAAAGCCGUGACGUAGAUGGGGAGCAGCCCGAACCAACCGGUCCACUGCCGGCUGGGGAUGAGUCGGGCGUUAGUGACGAGACGGCUCUUCCGGUCGUGGUGCGAAGCCGACAGGGGCGUACGAGACAGAUCUGGCGACAUCAUCGGCCACGACACUCCGGGCGGCAAGAGCUAAAAUUACUUUCCGGCCUGACGGUGUCGUCCGCGACCACAGACUACGAGCAGCAGCUACCGAAGGCGUCCGGUUUAUGGCCAUCAUUUUUUAAUGUAGCCCUCCGGGCGACAAUCUCCGUGAACGCGACCUGUGGCCAGACGGGCCGCGAGGAGUACUGCCGACUGGCGGAGGGCGCUGGACGCUCGCGCGGUUCCCAGUGCGGCAUCUGCGAUGCCAACAAUCCCGACCCGGAGAAGCGGCAUCCGAUCACGAACAUUGUCGACGGGACGAACAGCUGGUGGCAGAGCCCGACGUUGCAGAAAGGCGCUAAAAAUGAUCGCGUGACGAUCAAUCUCGAUCUCGGACAGCUGUAUCAGAUAGUGUUUUUCACGAUGCGUGCCGCCAUUUCGCCCCUGCCCGCCGCCUGGGUGCUGGAAAAAUCGAUGGACGGACGGGCGUACGAUGCGUGGCAGUACUUUGCGGCCGACGACACCGAGUGCCGGGAGCGGUUCGGGCUGCCCGCGUACACCGCGAACUACAUCUUCAAGAGCGACACCGAGGUGAUCUGUUCGACACAGUUUUCCUCGCUGGAACCGUUGGAAAAUGGGGAAAUCAAUCUUUCCAUCAUCAGCGGGCGUCCGAGUGAAAUGAUCACUUCGCCUGAGCUGCAAAAUUUCACCCUAGCGCGAUAUGUACGGAUACGGCUGCUGCGUAUGCAAUCUGCAGAGGCACAGCGAAGUUUUUACACGAUCCGAUCAUUGCGGAUCGGUGGACGAUGCUUUUGUUCGGGCCAUGCCGGGAAGUGCAAAACCAUGGACAACAACAUCGACAACGAACCGCAGUGUGAGUGUGUGCAUAAUACUUGCGGAGCGAAUUGCGAUCGAUGCUGUCCCCUCUACAACCAACGACCGUACCGCAUCGGAACUCCGGUCGCAGCGAACAAGUGCGAGAAGUGUGAAUGCCAUGGUCAUGCCAAGUCCUGCAUCUACGAUAAGCUUGUCGAUGAGCAACACCUUAGCCUGAGCAUUCGGGGGAAAAUGAGUGGAGGAGGAGUGUGUCAGAAUUGCACCCACCAUACAACCGGCGUCAACUGUGAAAGAUGUCUUCCGGGCUAUUACCGACCAAUGGAUCGUCUGCCAAACCAUCCAGAACCAUGUCUUCCGUGCAAUUGUACAUCUCCCGGAGCGGUUGGAGAGUGUAGUCCGAUUGGAGGAGAGUGUCGUUGCCUGGAAGGUUUUACUGGUGCCCAGUGCACGGAAUGCUUGCCAGGACAUUCGGGCGAUCGGUGCACUCGGUGUGAUUGUGAUGCACGAGGCACACUUUCGGGGCGGGAAUGCGAUGAGAGGUGCAGUUGCAAGGCCCACGUCGUCGGAGAGCGCUGUGAUCGAUGUGAUGAAGGAUAUUUUGCGCUGGAUGAAGAUCACAUUGAUGGAUGUCUCAAGUGUUACUGCUCUGGAGUCGGGACCAAGUGUUCGGUGGCGCACGUUGAGAAUAGUAGCUACACAACGCUGAAAGGCUGGACGGUAACCAAUCUGGCCAUGAGUGAGCAUAUCGUGCCUACGAAGGACAACGACACAGGAUUCCUGGUGUUCGGUAUGUUUGAGAUGCCCGAAACGGAGGCUGUAUACUGGAAGGCACCGGAAGGAUAUCUGGGAAAUUUGCUGCGCAGUUAUGGAUCACAAUUAACGUUCAAGAUGGAUUGGAUUACGGUGCGCGGUGAUACGAGUGGAAAGCCAACGGUCGGUCCAAGUCUGAUACUGGUUGGUAGAAAUGGCAUGAAGAUAGCCUAUGGAGAGGAGAGCUAUGAAGAGACUGGAGGCGCAACAAUCACGGUACCGCUGAAGGAGGACAGCUGGUAUCACGUGCCGCGAACGGUAAAGGAUAUCAUCACUAGAUUAAGACGAACGGAGUAUCAUGGUGAUCCCGUCACACGCUCCCAGUUUAUGGCAGUUCUUACGGACGUGGAAGUGGUACUGCUGCGUGGAACCUAUCACACCGACCAGGUGGAAAGCGUAUUGGAGCAAGCCGAUCUGUUUUCCGGAUCCCACUCCACAACAGACUCGUCUGCUAGCAGUUCCGGGUUUAUUGAGCUGUGCGAAUGUCCCGAGGGUUAUCGGGGCACUUCCUGUGAGCAGUGUGCUUUUGGGUACGUGCGCAUCUACGAAACCAGUGUCACGCACGAACGAGUCGGUCGCUGCAUUCCCUGCUCGAUGUGCAAUGGGCAUGCGGCGAGCUGUGAUCUCGAGACGGGCGAGUGUGGUCUCUGUUUGCACAACACCGUCGGCACAAACUGUGAACGAUGUCUGCCCGGGUUCUACGGCAAUGCGACUCUUGGACGGCCAGACGAUUGUAAGCGAUGUGCCUGUCCGCUGGAGAGUCCCAGCAAUAACUUUUCGCCCAACUGUCAGUCUCGUGGCGGGAGUUCCGAUCCUUCGGAGUACGUUUGUACCCAGUGUCCGGAAGGAUACACGGGCGAUCACUGUGAAUUAUGUGACGAUGGGUACUACGGUGAGCCUACGGUGAUCGGUGGUCAGUGUCUGCCUUGUCCUUGUCAUGGAGGGCCUUGCAAUGCUCAAACUGGAGAAUGCAUCGAAUGUGUUGGCAAUACAGAAGGUUGGCGCUGCGAGCGUUGCAAAACCGGCUACUGGGGCGUUCCGGAUGAUGGUUGUGAGCCGUGCAGCUGCUCCGAACUGGGCGCGCUCGAGAACGUGUGCGACGUGACGACGGGCCAGUGCAUCUGCAAGCCGCGCUACGGUGGCCGACGCUGUGACGAGUGCGAUGUGGGCUAUGGCAAUCUAGAUCUAGACUGUCCGGCCUGUGCGUGCAAUGUGAACGGGUCGGCCAGCACGGUGUGCAACGUUGUGAGUGGGCAGUGUGAGUGUAAUGUCGGCACGGAGGGCAUCCAUUGCGAUCGCUGCCGGGAAGAGUUCUUCGGGUUGUCCGACGAGCAGCCGGGUGCAUGUGAAGGUUGCAAUUGCCAUCCGAAGGGAUCCCUUGGCCAAGGCUGCAAUCAAAAGACGGGCCAGUGCCACUGCAAACCAAACAUCGAGGGCCGUCAGUGUAAUCUCUGCCGGAAGGGCUACUGGGAUCUGAAUUCCGGUAACGGAUGCAUACCGUGUUCUUGCGACACGAACGGCAGUGAGCUGGAAGGUUGUGAUCUGCACACGGGACAGUGCUUCUGCAAGACGGGCGUCACGGGCACCAGUUGCGAUCGGUGUGAUGUUGGGUUUUACGGCUUCAGUGCACAAGGAUGCAAGCGUUGUGACGUAUGUUCCAGUGCGGCGUAUGUCUGUGAUCCUGAUACCGGGCGCUGUAUCUGUCCGGCCAACAGCCACGGGCCAGAGUGUCGCUCGUGCAUUGCCAACACUUGGGGCAAUGAGUUCCAGAAGGGCUGCAAGCACUGUGCCUGUGACAUAGUCGGCUCGAUCGGACAGUCUUGCGACAGAGAAACGGGACAGUGUAGCUGCAAGGAAGGAUACACUGGUCGGCAGUGUAAUGAGUGCGCUCUGGGCUACUACGGCUAUCCAACGUGCCAUCGGUGUGCGUGUGACGAGCGGGGUACACUGCCGAGCCAUAAUGGGACCGUUUUCCCCUGCGAUCGUAACGGCCAGUGCCAGUGCAAGGAAAUGGUGUACGGAAAGCGGUGCGAUAUCUGUCGGCAGGGUACGUUCGGGUUGGCCGCAUUCCACCCGGAAGGAUGUACUCGAUGUUUCUGCUUCGGCAGAGCUAGUGAAUGUACGCAAAGCGAUCAUUCGUGGGGCCAGGUGAGGUUGGCAGGAUCACGUAACCUGAGUGUGGAGUACCUGGAGCGACAAGAUGGUCACACUGAGGUGGAUUACGUCGUGAUACUGCAGCUGGAGGGCACGCAGAUGCACCGGGAAGAUGUGAACAUUACCAGCAUGAACAAUCUCGAGCUGAUACCGAGCUCCUCGGGCAAUGUGUCGAUCGGAGCGUACGCCACGUUCCGAUAUCCGCUGUACUUCCAGCUCCCACCUCAGUUUCUGGGCGAUCGUACCGCCAGCUAUGGUGGACUGCUUAAUUUCACUCUGAUCACAGACGGGGCGACCAUCAACAUUCCCGAACCAUCGUUACGUCAGUUUCCACUGGUACAGCUACACACGCACGAAAAUCUGGUGCUAGAUUUCUACGAGCAAACGAUCCGCUACGGACAGCCGGUAGAGUCACACUCGGUGCGCUUGCUGGGAAGCCUUUGGCGUAAUCACUACGAUGGUGCUUGGGCCAAUCGAACCAUUCUGAUGACGGCAUUGCAAAACGUCCGGCAUAUCUUUGUGCGAGGCACAACCACGAUGGACUUUCAGCAAGUUGUACUUACAAAUGUGACACUUGAUACGGGAAUCUUUGUGGCAGGAGCUGAGAACAACCAUGCUUAUGGAGUGGAGCGUUGCAGUUGUACUCCAAAAUACAGUGGAUUGUCGUGUCAGAAUCCGGGCCCGGGCUACUAUCGUCAUCGAUUGCCGAUCGUUGACUUGGAGUGGGCAACCAUAGAUGAUAUGAUCGGCAAGGUGGUGCCUUGUGGAUGCAAUGGACGUAGUGAGGAGUGUGAUCCAGAAACAGGAGUUUGCUUGAACUGUCGCAACAACACAGGAGGCGAGCACUGUGAACGAUGCGCGGAAGGAUUCUACGGUGAUCCUAACCUUGGCCAAUGUUCGCCGUGUCCGUGUCCCGAGACGCGGAAAAACUUUGCCCGUGGUUGUACGGUGCGAGGUAGCGAUGUGCAUUGCAUCUGUAAAACGGGCUAUACCGGCGCACUGUGUGAUAGUUGCAUGCGGGGAUACUUUGGCCAUCCCCAUCUGGACAAUGGACACUGCGAGGCGUGUGAAUGUAAUCGGGAGGGCAGUAUGUCCGAUGAGUGUGAUCAUUUCACGGGCGAGUGUCACUGUCGUCCGGGGAUAACCGGUAGAAAGUGUGAUCGUUGCGAACAGCCCAAGCAUAUCGUGCAGGACUACCGGUGCAAGAUUUGCGAUAACUGCACCAUUACACUGAUCGAUGACUUUGAAAUACUGGCUAGCCGAUUGGCAGAGGAAACGACUCACAUCGAUCGCAACGGCAUACCGGCCCCUUGGGUGAAGCUCACGAAAUAUGAAGCAAAAACGCGCAAACUAUCCAACCGAGUAGCUCGACUGCUAGAAGCGGAAGAUAUGGCGAAAAAGUUUAUGGCCGAUUUUGCGGAGCCGCUUACGCGCAAUGCAACACGACUUACGAAGCGGCUGCAGAAGAUGGACAACCGUCUGACAGCGCGCGAAGAGGAAAUCGACAAGUGUAAUGAGCGUGCUAAUGAUUUGUUUGAAGAAAUCAAUGCGAUAGAUGGUGAUCUGCGGAACACAAUCCAGAUACUUAAGAACUACGGAGUUGGUGAUCAUCAUAUAAAACUGCCACUUGCAGUCAAGGAAGCGAAAGAUCUUCUGGCAGACAUACGCGAUCGCGCCGAGGCGGUAGAAUUCGAUGAUACAGUGCUGGAGUGUGCCAACAAGCAGUUCGAUCAUUGGUCCAAUGUUUCGAAGAAAGUCGAACGGCAAGCAAGACGAUUGGAUGAUUUGAAGUUCGAGAUCGAACAGAUACACCACAAAGCAGAUCAUCUGCAGAACUACACCGUGCAGGUGUUUCGACACGUGCAGGAGACGGAGGUCUAUCAGACCACCAAUCAGAAGCACUUUGACAAAGCUCGUGCUGCGUAUGAGAAAGCGCUGGAAGAUGAAGCAGAAGUUAUGAAACUGCUCGACACCAACAUAAUGUCCGAUACGGAUGUUACGUUGGAACAGCUCGGAGAUAACUACGAUCAACUGGAAAAGGAUAACCGUACGUUACAAUUCUUGUUGGAUGGGUUGAGUGAUGCAACGGAAGACUUGAUCCGGGAGAAGAGUAUUUUGCUCGAAACACAGAUCCCGCAAGCGCUUCGACACGCGGAGCAGCUGAAGGCGAAAGCGGACCAUAUUAAGAACAAGUUCCAAACGACCGAAGACGCAUCGGCCAAAGCUAUGAAGGCGAGUCAAGCGUACGAGAACAUUAUAUCCGCAAUUGUGUCCGCUCAGUCCAGUGCCGACAAUGCGACCAGCAUGGUUGAGAAGGCCGAUCAGCUGAUACAUCCACUGCACGACGUUACAAUCAGUGAUCAGAGCCGAAAGGCACUGGGAGUGUCUACGAAUCUGACUAGCCGUGCGAAUAAAGAACUCAACAAGGCUGUUGCACUGAACGAAACGAUGAUCCAGAAGGAGAAGAGUGUCCAAAGCCUUAAGGAUCAGAUAUGGCAGACGGCGAUCAAGAACAACAAUCUCAUGGACGAGCUGGGCAAGGUGGAGCGAGGUGAAACGAUGAAAACAGUGCAAUCCGAUCUGGACCGUUCGAGCAUCGUGUCUGAGCAGAUGAAGUUCGUCCGCCAAGAUGCGAUCAAUCUCAACAGUGACGUUUACAAGCUGAAACUGAAGCUGAAAUCGCUCGAACCGGAGUGGGACACCAAGUUCGGAAUGGCCGAAGAGAACGUAUCGCAAACGUUUGGCAACAUUCGCAAGGCAAAGGACAAGCUGAACGGCAUCGAAGCACUUGGCAAGAUACAGGAUGAACGGUUCCAGGCGUGGAAUCAAUCGUUUUCGGGAAAGUUGCAGCAGUUGCGCGAUCAGAUAGCACUUGCAAAGCAUGCUGCGGAGGGCAUCCGAGUGUCGAUGGAAUCAGCGGACCAAUGUAUACGUUCGUACGCACCAGCCACCUUUGGACCUUCCACAACCAAUCGGAUCGUAAUGUCGAUCGCACUGACGAAUCCAAAGGUUCAGAACUCACCACUGGCAUACAUUGAAGGGGAUGAUCGUCGUUUCAUAGCGCUCGAGCUGAGACAGCGCAAGAUUCGUAUGCUUUGGAGCUUGGACGGUGAAUCAGUCACAACCAUGACCCAUCCUCAGGAGAUCGAGGUGCGUGAUCUGAAGAAUGAUGCCGCCUGGUACUUCAUUGAUGCAACGCGUACCUUCAACGUGGGAACGCUCAACGUGCGGCACAUGCUGCCGGCCGGUGUCCUGAGCAAUGCACGUCCUGUGACCGGUGCAAGCAGUCCAGCGUAUUCCACGAUCAACAUUGGACCGAGCAGACGUAUCUGGGUUGGUGGUAUACCGGAUGAUCUACGUGUGCCGGAGCUGGAGCCGAGUCAAGGAUUGGGUGUGGCCGUCAGCCAGCUUUACGUCGAUCAACGGCAGCUUGGACUGUGGCACUUUACCAGCUCCAGUGGCAAGUGUGCGGGAGCUAUGCUAGGGCCGCAGGAGGUUGCCAGCUCUACAAACGAGCGAAACUUUAACGGCAAUGGAUAUGCGGUGUUGCAGCACACGGGUCGUCUCAAUAAGGUGGAAUUCAGUUUGAGUCUUAGCUUCAAAACGCUCGAUGAGGAUGCACUCAUCUUCUUGGCAUUGGAUGAGAAGAAUAAUCGAUCAGUAUCGCUUACACUCUAUCAAGGUCGUUUGGUGUUCCGUGUGGAUUACGGUGAUGACGCACGACUUGAGAUCAACACCACCAAACGAUACAACACAGGCCGGUGGGUCGUUGUCGAAGCAUCCCGCCAAUAUCGUAAAUCUCGAACGGACGAAGGUGUGCUGAAGGUGGACGGGCUGGACAAUAUUCUCGGUUCACCCACGAAACCGAUCGGUGCCUCGAUGCUACCAGUCCUCAGCGACAAGUACUAUCUGGGAGGAGUUCCUCCUGGAUUCAAAACGGGCACCACCAAAGCACCCGGAGCAGAUCACGCAUUCCUGGGCUGUGUGAAGGGACUGCAGAUCAGUGGCACUUCUUACGAUCCUCUCGACAGUACGACACACUUUGGCAUUGAGACAUCCUGCGAUAGUACGAUCGUGAAAGCAGGCUUUUUCGGCGACGGUUACGUCGAGUUCCCGUCGUUCCCGCUGAAGAAGCGAGCCAACUUUGGAUUCGUGUUCCGUACCAUGGAGCCAGAUGCGCUGCUGCUUCUGUCUGCGUAUCCGAGCAGAAUUCACGAUGAUUACGACGCGAAGGAUACGUUUGGAAACUAUUCCGUGUUCUUGUCUGAGGGUCGUCUUCAUCUGUGGAUGGAUGCUGGCACUGGACGGGUAGAGUUGACUUCCAACGGCACACUGAACGAUGGCGAGUAUCAUGUGCUUGCGGUCGUCAAACAGGGCCGUCACGUGGAGUUGCGAAUCGACGACAAGCUUCAGAUGUCUCGAACACUGCAAUCCUCGCUGGUUAACAUGCCGGGCGAAAGCGGAGGUCUGUACAUCGGUGGUGUACCGUACGAUCCGGCGUUCGCAUCGCUGGCGAAGGUGUUCGACGGUUUGAAGGGUGUCGUGGCGAACGUGGUGUUCAACAAUCAAACGCUUUCGUUCGGGCAAGCGCUUAACUUUACCGACGUUCAGAUGGGCCGUACCGGACCGCCCAUGGGUAGUCAGGGACUGUACACGGCACUCAUGAAAACGGAACCAAUCGGAAGGAGUUUCAAGGCAGCGCCGGAAGGUUGCCAUCGUGUCGGAAGCUACUCGUACGAACCGAAUGCGUUCAAGUACGGUGACAAACCGCAAAGCUAUUCCGUGGUGACGGUCCAGUCGAGAAACAUGUGGCAGCGUAAUUUUGACAUCGAGUUCGACUUCCGGACGUUCUAUCCGAAUGGCAUUUUGUUCGUGGCGUUGGGAACCAAAGAGAAAGCGAAACACUUCAUCAUGCUGUCGCUGAAGGAUGGCUUCCUCAAGCUGACCGUGCGAGGCCGCAAACGCGAACAGCUCCUACUGCCACCGAAGCUGAACGAUGGCCAGUGGUACCGCGUGACGCUGAGCAGCGUGAAGAAGAAGGCCAAACUGAGCGUACAGGUCGGCAGCGGGCACUCCUCGGCGCAACUUAAACUACCAAAGAAACUGAACGCGGCCAGCACGCUGCACGUCGGUGGACUGCCGGACGAGGUGCCGAUACUGCCCCGGGAGCUACAACCACGGCCGGAAGCGUUCAAGGGCUGCCUGCGGAAGUUUGUGGUGAACAAUAACACGCAGGACCUGGCACGGCCCGGCCGGCAUCUGCACGUGGGCCAGUGCUUCCCGCGCAUCGAGCGUGGUUCCUACUUCCCCGGAGAUGCGUACGCCAUUUACAAACGCAACUUCAACGUAGGAAAGUUUGUGGAGAUUGAGCUGGAGGUUCGGACGUCGGAAAUGAACGGAAUUCUCAUGAGCGUAGCCGACCAGAUCAAUGGUUUCCCCGCACUAUCGUUAGAGAUCUCCAAUGGAAAUAUAAUCCUUUCGGUGGACAAUGGAGACGGCAAUCCGACGCGACUGUCCACAUCGCUGCCCUCCAAGUACACACUUUGCGAUAACCGGUGGCACAACAUCUCGGCACUGUACGAGGAUCAUCAGAUGGCGUUGCGGGUGAACGAGUUCCCUCCUUCGUUGCUGUUGCCCCACGGAACGAACGGAUUUGGACGGGUCAACACAAAGGCUCCAUUGUACAUUGGUGGACUUCCAGAUGCGGCUUCCAGCGGCACACUGCUGAUGAGGGAAAACUUUAAGGGAUGCAUCCGGAACAUCGUCAUCCGCAACGAGCGCAAAGAUUGGACGGACAUGGACGAUCUGCACAAUGUGCUGCUGAGCGAAUGUCUAGCGGUGAACUAGCGCAACCGUCCCUCGCGCACGCGCACUGUACAUAGCCAUUACGAUUCAAUACGCUUAGACGAAGGUGUUCCAACGGUAUAUAGGGAUGUAAGUAGUUGAGAGAGAGGUAAGGAUAGCGACGAGGUACUACUGUUUUUCCAGUAAGUUCCGCGAUGAAUCCGGAUGAACGGUUAAGCCAAAUAUACAGUCUGAGACUCACUCGUCUGCGCAAAGACGUGUAGCAGUGACGCCUCAAUACGAUAAACCUGAUCAUCCGGAUGGUGCCGAUGGUUUUUGAGUAGAGUAGGAUAAGGUACGUUUUGUAAGCUAGUAGAUAGGUAGCCCACCUAACUUAUGGACCUAAUUUGUAUUUAUUACGCCCGAGAGUGCUGUCUCUCGUGCAUAGAGUCUCUAUUUAUUCUCGAUAGAACCAAGAUUCCAAGGAAAAGCAGAACAAAACUACACUACAAACACACAAACUACACGUUCGAUAAGAUGCCAUAAGAGAGAAAUGAGGGGGGGAGAUCGAGUAAAGGAUACAAUGUAUUAGAGAAAUGAUAAUCGAACACUGCCCUCCUCUUCGAACUGGAGGUUUAACGUUUAGAAAAGCGCGGGAAGAGAGGAGAACUUAACUCUAAGCACAACCGAACGACUAGCCGAAUGUAGUAGUGAUACUGCUGUCACACUUAACUAACAACACAUCGUGUAUCAUGUAAGACGAAAACGAAACUGGUUUUUGCGAGUUGAAAAACUACGGCCCGUAUGUGCACGAUGGUCAGCCAGCCAAUUGCAUACGGGCCGCGAGCACAAACUGACCCCCGUAGAUCCAUAGCAUCGCGGUAUUACAAUAAAACCGUUCUCCUAACCACCUCCUUCCUUCCAGCGGGAGGGUGAGUACGUGAAUGUCUCCAACAAGCA